AUGUCAGCAGGUGUGAUGUCAUUGCCACGUGACAUUGUGUUGAUGCUAAGGCAGAUACCGCUAGAGGUGCUUCAAUCAAUAUUGAAGAAAUAUAAAUGUAAAGAAGAGGAAGACGAAUGGCGGACAGUUUCACGUACAGUGAAAUUAUUCUGUAAUUUAGCCAUUUUCUGCAGAUUUUUCGGCUUAUUUUCCUGUGACAACCGUGUAACAAAUAGGUGUCCUGGAAACCUUCCAAAAGACAAAUAUCUACGUGUUCACGGAGACAAGUGUUACAGAUUUAUAACCAGCGAAGUUAGCUGGACAUCAGCACGUGAUCAUUGCAGACGAAUAGGAGGUCAUCUAAUUUCCAUCACGAGCCGUGAUGUACAGAUUUUUGUGGAACGAACAUUGCACGAGCUUUGGUCGGAAAAUAGAAUGUGGAUUGGGGCUAAUGACAUAGACUCGGAAAUGGACUGGUUUUGGGAUACAGGUGAAAUGGUGCGCUCAGGAUUCCAGAAUUGGGACAGUGGACAGCCAAGCUGUUAUCUUUUUGCGUGCUAUGAAGACUGCGCAUGUCUGAGGUUAGAUAAAGAUUACAAGUGGCACGACUGCCGAUGUAACUCCCCCUGGAACCGGUACGGAUAUGCCUGCCAAUACAGUAAGUGUAUAGGGGAAAGCUUUCGGCAUAGUGAUAAUACAAUGCACGUAUAACUCUCUUCUAUGAAACAGCAACAAGUUUUAUGCAUUUUGUGUUUGUCAGUUUCUUGAACAUAUGAUCCAGAUUGCUAUUAACAUUGAAAGUAAAAGGUGUGUCAGUCAGCGUUUGGUUUAACCAAUCAGGAUGCUCAUUUUAAAGGCCUAUAUUCACUACUUUAUUAAUGCCCCCACCCCUCUCACCAAAUCCAACAGGCAUCUCCAACCUAUCUGCUGCUUCAUUGUGAUUACAUAGUAUUUUAACACGACCAGCGAAUAACCUACAUACGUGUAGAGCAAACUCUGUCUCGGGUUAUUCUUCAAACCCACUCGCGUGCAAUGACGUCAUCCGAUCCAGGUGCGUAGCACGGUCGUAAAAAGUAGUUAUCAUUUUUUUCUAACUUUGUUGAUACUAGUAUGUCGUGUUAGAA